UUGAGCUCAUUGCCUCGGUAACACGCAACUGCAACGACUAACAUGCGACAUUUUGUGAAACAUUUAAAGAAUACAACAAAGCAUCCUUUGACAUCUGGUUAACCCUGACCCUGCCUCCUACACAAACCCUGGUUCUAAAACUGGCCAUGACCCUGGCCAUGACCCUGGCUCUGACCUUGGCUGUAACACUGACUAUGGCUGUGACACUGACUUUGACCCUGGCUCUGACCCUGGCUCUGACCCUGACACUGCCCUUAGGUCUUGACGCUGACCCUGGCUCUGACCUUGGCUGUAACACUGACCCUAGCUCUGACACUGGCUCUGACUGUGACCUUGGCUGUGACCCUAACCUUGGCUCUAUCACUGGCAACGACCCUGGUUGUGACCUUGGCUGUGACCAUAACCUUGGCUCUAACACUGGCCCUGACCCUGGCUGUGACACUGACCCUAACCCCGCGUCCCGUGGACACAUUUAGACCGGCGCAGUGGCGAGAGGAAAACAAAAGUCGGUGUUGCAAACUCCUCAAAUGCGAAAAGUCGCCCAAAGAACCUCAAAGCGGUCGCUAGGCGUCACCAGAUAGACGAAGUUGCCAACCAGGUCACUAAACAAUGCACCGAGCCUCGUACACACGAAGCGGAUGCGGGGUCCCGAAUUGAUUUCCGUGGGAUUGCGCCGAAAUCUCCACAAUGCCCUCUUUGCGUCAAUUUGCUGAAAUGUGUUGCGAGUCGCGCAUGACGACAAAACUCCCGAGUCGGAGUCGCCCGUUCGCAGUGCGCCCAGUGCAGUGUACACAGCACUCGCAGGGUGCAGUGUACAGGGUGCAGUGUACACAGCACUCGCAGGGUGCAGUGUACAGGGUGCAGUGUACACAGCACUCGCAGGGUGCAGGGUACACAGCACUCGCGUGGUGCAGUGUACAGGGUGCAGUGUACACAGCACUCGCAGGGUGCAGUGUACACAGCACUCGCAGGGUGCAGUGUACAGGGUGCAGUGUACACAGCACUCGCAGGGUGCAGUGUACAGGGUGCAGUGUACACAGCACUUGCAGGGUGCAGUGUACACAGCACUCGCAGGGUGCAGUGUACAGGGUGCAGUGUACACAGCACUCGCAGGGUGCAGUGUACACAGCACUCGCGUUGUGCAGUGUACAGGGUGCAGUGUACACAGCACUCGCAGGGUGCAGCUGUACAGGGUGCAGUGUACACAGCACUCGCAGAGUGCAGGGUGCAGUGUACACAGCACUCGCAGGGUGCAGCUGUACACGGCAGGCGCAGGGUGUAGCUGUACACGUAAAGUGCAGUGUACAGGGUGCAGUGUACACGGCACGCGCAGGGUGCAGUGUACAGGGUGCAGUGUACACAGCACUCGCAGGGUGCAGUGUACACAGCACUCGCAGGGUGCAGUGUACACAGCACUCGCAGGGUGCAGUGUACACAGCACUCGCAGGGUGCAGUGUACAGGGUGCAGUGUACACAGCACUCGCAGGGUGCAGUGUACACAGCACUCGCAGGGUGCAGUGUACACAGCACUCGCAGGGUGCAGUGUACAGGGUGCAGCCGUACACAGCACUCGCAGGGUGCAGCUGUACACGGCAGGCGCAGGGUGCAGCUGUACACGUAACGUGCAGUGUACACAGCACUCGCAGGGUGCAGUGUACACGUAACGUGCAGGGUGCAGUGUACAGGGUGCAGCUGUACACGGCACGCGCAGUGCAGUACAUUCGUAUCCAGUUCGGUGUGCGCAGUAUAGAGCGCAUACAGUAGGCACAGUGCACACACGCGGCGUACAGUGCACGAGCGCGGUGUACAGUGCGUGCACGCGGUGUACAGUCCGCGCGGUGCACGCACUGUACAGUUCGUUAUGCGGCGGUGUACAGUGUACGCGGUGUACAGUGCGUGCUGUGCACGGUGCGUACAGUGCGCACUGCGGUGUGCACUGUACGCACAGCGAGCGGUUGAUGGCGCUGUUGUGCAGCUCCAAGCGUCACCACGAACGCGAUCAAACACAUUGCCAACAUCAUCGUGAUCACUGUCAUCAUCGGGAUCAACAUCAUCGUGAUCACCGUCAUCAUCGGGAUCAACAUCAUCGUGAUCACCGUCAUCAUCGUGAUCACUGUCAUCAUCAACAUCAUCGUGAUCAC